GUUAAGUUGGGAUUUGGACUUUGAAGCAGCUCCUUCAUACUAUACUAUCCUUCCUCCAUUUUCAAAUAAUUUAAUUAAUGCAAACAGAAACCAUUUUUCCCUUUGUCCAGACUUGGUUUCUGAUUCCGUUGAAUAUUCUUCCACAUUUGUUUCUUCCUGUUAAAUCAAUUGUCCCUUUCAAAUCUUGUUCUGGAGCUUUCAACGUAGAAAAGUUCCCCAAUCCCGUCGAUGAUCUCGAUGUCUUCCUUCGUCAAAACCAUGCAUGUUGCACUUACCCUGUUCAAAAUUUAGUUAACCAUUCUCGAUCAAUCCAACCCAUGGCGGUUUCCGGUGAUUCGGUUCUUGUUCGUAGUCUAAUUGCCAAAAACAUCACUAGGGUUUGGCAAAGGAAUGGUUUUUUAAGUACUAAGAAUGUUACGGAGGUGGGUUUUUACACUGUGGGGAGAUUGGAGAAGAAGGGUAGGGUUGGAGUUAGAGCUGCAUUGCAGGUGGGUUCGGAGGAUGUGAAGAAAUUGGAAGGGAAUUUUGGGUUUGAUGUGGUGUCAGAAGGGGAGCUGAAGGAGAAGGGGUUUUUGGGUAUGAGGAAGACGAAGCUGGUGUGCACCAUAGGGCCUGCGUGUUGCUCGGUUGAGGAUUUGGAGAAGUUGGCUGCGGGAGGGAUGAAUGUGGCUAGGCUUAACAUGUGUCAUAACGCAAGGGAGUGGCAUCUUGAUGUGAUUAAGAAGAUCAGAAGGUUGAAUGAGGAAAAGGGGUUUUGUGUUUCGGUGAUGAUUGAUACUGAAGGGAGUCAGAUACAUGUGGUUGAUCAUGGUGCCCCUUCAACUGUCAAAGCAGAGGAAGGUUCAGUCUGGUUAUUUACUGCUGAACAAUUUGACGGUUUGCGUCCAUUCACCGUCCAAGCCAACUACGAAGGUUUCUCUGAAGGUAUUGAAGUGGGCGAUAUACUUGUUAUUGAUGGUGGAAUGGCAAGCUUUGAGGUGAUUGAGAAGGUUGGGAAUGCUUUGUGUUGUAAGUGUACAGACCCUGGUCUAUUCCUUCCACGAGCCAAAUUUAGCUUUUGGAGAGAUGGGAAGCUUGUGGAGAGGAACUACAGGCUCCCUACUCUAUCACCAAAGGAUUGGGCUGACAUUGAGUUUGGAAUUUCUGAAGGUGUCGACUUCAUAUCCCUCUCAUUUGCAAACAAUGCUGAUUCUAUCAGUGAACUUAAGAAUUAUCUGUCCACCAAGUCAUCCAGGUGCAUAAGGGUAUUGGCAAAGAUUGAGAGCUUGGAGUCCCUUCAGAAUUUGGAAGAGAUUGUGGAGGCUUCUGAUGGAAUAAUGGUGGCUCGUGGUGACCUUGGAGUUGAAGUCCCACUUGAACAGAUUCCAACAGUGCAAGAGGAAAUAACUCAGGUUUGCAGGGAACUAAAUAAGCCUGUGAUUGUGGCUUCUCAACUUCUGGAGUCAAUGGUUGAAUAUCCAACCCCAACACGAGCUGAGGUUGCAGAUGUUUCUGAAGCAGUCAGGCAGUUCGCUGAUGCCUUGAUGUUGUCAGGUGAGUCAGCUAUUGGAUCAUAUGGACAGAAGGCUCUUGCUGUUUUACGGAUGGCCAGCAGUCGCAUGGAACUUUGGAGUCGUGAAGAGAACAAGCAUAUUCUCCAUCAACGUCAACUUGGAGUAUCAUUGCCUGACCGCAUUGCUGAGCAGAUAUGCAAUUGUGCUGUUGAAAUGGCUAACAACCUAGGCGUGGAUGCCAUCUUUGUGUACACAAAGCAUGGACAUAUGGCAUCACUCUUGGCUCGCAACAGUCCAUAUCCACCCAUAUUUGCCUUCACUAAUAAUAGUGACACCCAAAUGGCUCUAAAUCUGCAAUGGGGGGUUUUUCGCUUGCUUGUUGAUCUUUCAUAUGAUAUGGAGGACGAAACUCCAACCAUCCCAAAUCCAACUGCUUUCCAGGCAAUCCAGGUCAAGAAGUUUGACUAGCACUCUCCAUGAGAGGAAGCUGAUGUUGGUGAGUCCAGAAGGUGAAGGAAUUGCAUCUGUAUGCCUUUCCUAUCCACUUGUUUGGGAUUUGAUGACAACUGACCAUUUAUACUGUUGAAAUUGUAUUGCAUAAAUUGUGCUUGGUUGU